AUGGACAAGAUCGCUGCUCUCGAGCCUGUCCGACUCUAUGCCUCUCCUUCUACCACCGCCAGUCGCCUUCUCUCCAAGGCUUCUCAUCCUUUCGCCAGCUUUCCCACGACACCUGUUAAGGGUCCCGCAAACUUCGAGUUCAUAGGACGUCUCCCUGUCGACCUUCACAUCCUUAUACUUUAUCAUAUCUCCGUCCCCGACCUCCCUUCUUACUCCCGUUCUUCUCGUGCACUUGCAAACCUUGCCAAGGACGAGCGUGUAUGGGAAGUACGCUGGAAUGCUUUUGGCGUCGACAAACAUAAGCUCAGUGAUGUUCUCGAUGACCUCGAGGAGCACGCGAAAGCCAAGAAUGCGGUGACAAGAGGACAGGCUCCGCCCACUCUCCCCGUGGAUGUUCCGGAUGACGAAUUCGGUGACUUUGCUGCAGUUAGUGCACAGGCAGACGAAAUGGGCGACUUCGUCGGUGCAUUGAGUGCAGCCACCUCGAGUAGUCCCCGGUCAGCUAGCUACAUCAUUACUCCACCGAAACCGACCUUUCGCUCACGGUAUGUUCGUGCCCAUACCCUCCUCAAGCCUCUGGUUCCCGCUCUUUCUUCUCCACCCCAUGCUGUUCUGUCAGCCCUCUUCCCCGCACCUGCCCCAUCACUUCAUCGUCAGGCCCAUACACUGCGCCUUCUUUCCCUCUUUCUUUCUCCGCGCGUUAAACCUUUGCGUGGUUGGGGUACCCUCAGAGGUGCACUCAGAGCCUCCAUAGACCGGUUUGAGGAUGGCCUGCUCAGCGCGUUCGACGUCGCGGACGGCAAAGAUGACGAAACUGGCAUGAGGCAAGCUGCAGAGGCAAGCUGGGAGGUGUGGGACGGCUCCGGCGACGAAUGGGAAUUGGGAAGAGUGUGGGCCGAGAAGCGGGAGAUAUUUUACGAGCAGAGUAAGUGGAAGCCGCUGGAUAACUUUACAAACGAUGGCCAGCUGAACUUCGAUGCGAUGGAUUCUUUCAUGACGGAGGUCUUGGCGGCGCUCGAGGAACACGGCUCGCGGGCAGUGCGAGUGUUUCCCCCUGCGACUAACGUUCUCAUCUCAUUCUCAGAGCGCCUUGCCGACGAAGUCGUGAAUAUAUCCACGCUCUUCUGGAACGCGCUCGUGAACUCUCCAACGAGACCUUCCUGA